GUAUCAUUUUGUUCUCCCUCUCUUUCCCCAUGCCCAAGAACGAGAAGCAUUUGUAAAUCAAGAAUCUGAAAUCCCAAAGCUGUAACUGGUCGUAAAAUCGUAAAGAACUGAAGACAACCAUUAUGUCCGGCUGUGGAACCAUCGACAAUUAUUCCCUCCGGAGAGACCUCCCGCCGGAGAUGGUCGCCCACGUACUCUCUCACCUGCCGGUGAAGUCUCUCUGCCGAUUCAAGUGCGUCUCUCCCUCGUGGAAUUCCCUAAUCUCUUCCCCCCAAUUCACCAAAACCCACCUCCGUAUAACCACCAACAAACCUCAAAAUAACAUUCUCAUUUCCAACUCGAAGGCUCUCUACUCCGUUGAUUUGGCCGCCGCAAAUCCGACCGCAGAAAAGGCAUUCUCAUUUCGUUUGUUCGAACUCUCUCACAUUUCGGUCCAGGUUUCGGGCUCUUGCAAUGGUUUGGUUCUAGUUUCUGAUCUAGGUUAUGGUAACUCCAUCUUCUUGUUGAAUCCAUCCACUAGAGAAUGCAAGAAACUGCCUGAAUCCCCUAUUUUUGACAACUCUUCAUCUGCCCGAAUCAAAUUCGUUCCAUAUGAGACGGAGACCCACGUGUUCCUACCUGGGUUGGGCUAUGACUCGUUUUCGGAUGAUUAUAAGGUUGUGAUGCUCCUUUACCAUAUUAUUGAAGAUACUGAAUCUGAUUUUGAUGGUGAUGUCAAUAGUAUUACUGAUGUGACUGUCUAUUCACUAAAAACGGAUUCUUGGAGGAGAAUUCAAGAUUGCCAUUAUAAGCCUGUGCAGCCUUUUCAAGGGGUUCUUUUUAAUGAGUGUCUCCAUUGGCUAACUUCGAGGACUGGUCAUUUGGAUGGUUCUAUGGUUAUUGCCGCUUUCAAUUUGUCAGAUGAGAUUUUCAGGGAAGUGCAUCUGCCUGUUACAUUUCAUAAUUCUGAGUUUGAGUAUGGGGAUUGCCACAUGAUGGCUCUUGGGGGUUGUCUCUGUUUGGUUAUUUGGCCGACAGUUGGGGACAAAAUUGAAGUUUGGAUGAUGAAGAAGUACGGGGUACAAGAGUCGUGGAUCAAAUAUACAAUUGCUACUCACGGGAUGUUUCUAGGGAAUGUGUUGUAUUUCUCAUCAGAAGACGAAUUUUUAUUGAGAGCAUAUGGAAACUGUGUGAAACUAGUUGCGUACAGUCUAAAAAAGGAAGCACUGAGGGACAUCGUGGUCGGUGGCCUUCCAACUGAAUUUAUAGAUGAGGGAAACUACAUCGAGACCCUCGUCUCUCCUAAUCAUGGAAGACGGAUUAGGAGACAAUGCGAAACUUCUUCUGGUGAAUGUUCAAAGAGUUGUCUGAACACCGGAUGAAGCCUACGAAGCCGGGAGCGGUCAAUCGUCCCAAAACGAAGGAAGUUAUCCGGUAGAACUGAGGUCAAGGGGCGAUUGUUCUCCAUUUCAAGAUGCUUGUAUUUUCUUUGAGUUGAUCCAGAUUGUAGAAGGUCGAGGGUAUGAGGAAGGCCUCGAGGAUGUUUGAGUAUCCAUAUUUGCGGACAUUGUUCAUCAAGAUGCCUAAUGAUAGGAAAAGGUUUUUGGUGCUUAUCCUUUAGUAAUGACGUAUGGUUCUGUUUUGUGGGUGAAUCUUGUGGUUUUUUGGUUGAUUUUGGCAUGCUUUUGUUGUACUUUUCAUUCCGUGACCUAUCUGUCAGUUGAAUUUUAAAAUUAAUGUUGUUUCACAUGUUAGAUGGUUUCUUAUUGUUUUGUUUGUGGUUAGAUUUCAAA